AUGUGCUUCUGGACCAAGCUUUCAGGAUUCUGGCUGCCAUUGUUCCUUCUCCUCAGCCUUGUUCCCUCUACUGAGACAGAAAAACCCUCAGCCCAGGACAGCAGCAGCACCUGGAGUCCUGGCCGACUGACAGAAGUACUACGAGUUCCCUCUGCGGGUGACCCCCCACCCCUGAACCACUCAAGAAGCCUCAUCAGAACGUUCUUGGAGAAAACUGGGUGCCCCCGGAGAACCAACGGAAUGCAAGGAGAUUGCAAUCUGUGCUUUGAACCAGAUGCCCUUUUACUAAUAGCUGGAGGAGAUUUCGAAGAUCAGCUCAGGGAGGACGUGGUCCAGAGAGUUUCUCUUCUUCUCCUCUACUACAUUAUUCAUCAGGAAGAGAUCUGUUCUUCAAAGCUCAACAUGAGUAAUAAAGAGUACACAUUUUACCUGCAUAGCCUGCUCAGCCUCAGGCAGGAUGAAGACUCCUACUUCCUUUCACAGAACGAGACAGAGGAUAUCCUGGCCUUCACCAGGCAGUACUUUGACACUUCUAGAAGCAAGUGUAUGGAAACCAAAAUGCUGCAGAAAAAAUCUGGAAUACUAAACAGUCAUGGUGCUGAUGAAAAGACACUUCCUCAGUUGGCAGCAACAAUCAUUGCUUUGUCCCUCCAAGGUGUUUGUCUGGGACAAAGAAACUUGCCUUCCCCAGACUAUUUCAUGGAAUACAUUUUCAGUUCCUUGAAUAGUACAAAUACUCUCCACCUAUCGGAACUAGACCAACUCCUCAACACUCUCCGGACCAAAAAUACCUGUAUAGGAAAAGAUAAAAUUCAUCGACUUAAAAGGAAACAAAACAACAUAACAAUCCAUGAUUGGGGCUACCCUAAUCUAUCUGUAUCCAUGAACCAAGAGUCAGAUGAUGGUCCAGUUUCCUGGGAUCAGACUUGCUUCUCUGCUGGGCAGCUGGUAGAGAUAUUCCUACAGAACAGCCUUUCACCCAUUUCUAAGGAGGACUUUAAGCAAAUGAGUCCAGGAAUCAUCCAGCAACUACUCAGCUGCUCUUGCCAACUGCCCAAGGACCAACAAGCAAAGCUGCCACCCACCACUUUGGAGAAAUAUGGCUACAGCACGGUGGCUGUGACACUGCUCACACUGGGCUCCAUGCUUGGGACAACACUGAUCCUUUUCCACAGCUGUGAGGAGAACUACAGGCUUAUUUUACAGCUGUUUGUGGGCCUGGCUGUUGGGACACUCUCUGGGGAUGCUCUUCUCCACCUGAUCCCUCAGGUUCUUGGCUUACAUAAUCAGGAAGCUUCAGAGUUUGGACAUUUCCAUGAAAGCAAAGGUCAUAUUUGGCAACUGUUGGGAUUAAUUGGAGGCAUCCAUGGGUUUUUCUUAAUAGAAAAAUGUUUUAUUCUUCUUGUAUCGCCAGGUGCUAAGGGCGUGUCAUUGGUUAAUGGGCACGUGGGACAUUCCCACCAUCUUGCACUCAACUCUGAAUUAAGUGACCAGUCAGGCAGAGGCAAGUCUGCGUCAACUAUCCCGUUGAAAGGCCCAGAAGAUUCACAGGCACCUGAAAUUCAUAUAGGCAGUAUGACAGCUUCCAACAGAAAAUGCAAAACCAUUAGCUUGUUAGCAGUAAUGAUCCUGGUUGGGGACAGCCUGCAUAAUUUUGCAGAUGGCCUAGUAAUAGGAGCAGCGUUCUCAUCUUCAUCCGAGUCAGGAGUGACCACAACAAUUGCUAUUUUGUGUCAUGAAAUUCCACAUGAAAUGGGAGACUUUGCUGUGCUCUUAAGCUCUGGACUUCCUGUUAAGAUUGCCAUCCUGAUGAAUUUUAUAAGCGCUCUAACUGCCUUCAUAGGACUAUACAUUGGCCUCUCAGUGUCAACUGAUCCAUGUGUUCAAAACUGGAUCUUAACAAUUACUGCUGGGAUGUUCUUAUAUUUAUCCUUGGUGGAAAUGCUUCCUGAAAUGACUCAUGUUCAAACACAGCGACCCUGGUUGAUGUUUCUCCUGCAGAAUUUUGGAUUGACCCUCGGUUGGCUUUCUCUCUUACUGUUGGCUAUAUAUGAACAAAAUAUUAAAAUAUAA